AUGCAGAUUAAACCUAAAAGGUUCGAUGUAGGCCCAAUCCUCAAACAGGAAACGGUUCCUGUGCCGCCCAAGAGCACCUCAAAGGAAUUGGAAGCCGUGCUGUCAAGACUGGGCGCCAACAUGCUUAUUUCAGUUUUGAAAAAUUUGCCUGAAAGUUUGAACAACGGAAGACAGCAGCCAGCCGAGGGGGUGACGCACGCACCUAAGAUUUCUGCUGCUACUAGCUGUAUAAAAUGGGAGGAACAAACUUCAGAGCACAUAUUCAGACUUUAUCGUGCCGUUGGAAAUAUAAUCCCGUUGCAGACACUCUGGAUGGAUAAUACCAUUAAACUUCUGGAUUUGGUAGAAGUUGAUAGUUCAAUCCUCAGUGAUUCAAAAUUAACAGGACAAGCUGUUAUUCCAGGAUUAGUAAUAUACCACAAACAGUCACAAAUACUGCUGGUUUGUUGCAAGGAUGACUGGAUUGGUGUUCGAUCACUGAUGCUCAAGAAAACACUAACAGCUACUGAUUUCUACAAUGGAUAUUUGCACCCCUGGUACCAGAAAAAUUCCCAAGCUCAACCAAGCCAAUGUAAAUUUCAGACUCUCAGACUUCCACCAAAGAAGAAGAAGCAGAAAAAAAAAAUUGUUGCUAUGCAAUAG